GGAUAAUAACAGUUCCUAUGCAAGUAGUCGUCAGAUGGAUUUUAAAAUUGAACACACUUGGGAUGGUUUUCCAGUGAAGCACGAGCCAGUGUUUGUCAGGCUGAAUCCAGGUGACAAAGGAGUGAUGAUGGAAGUUAGUGCUCCAUUUUUCAAUGAUCCUCCAGCCCCACUUGGAGAACCAGGACAGCCUUUCAAUGAACUGUGGGAUUAUGAGGUUGUAGAAGCAUUUUUCUUGAAUGAUGUAACUGAGCAGUAUUUAGAAGUUGAACUUUGUCCCCAUGGGCAGCAUUUAGUGCUUUUACUCACUGGAAGAAGAAAUGUGUGGAAACAAAAACUUGCUUUAUCAUUCCAAGUGUCCAGAGGAGAGACAAAAUGGGAAGGCAAAGCUUUACUCCCUUGGAGUUAUUUUCCACAAAAUGUGACAAAAUUUAAUUCAUAUGCAAUUCAUGGGUCAAAAGAUAAACGAAGUUAUGAAGCUCUUUACCCUGUACCUCAGCAUGAACUGCAACAAGGACAAAAACCUGAUUU